AUGCAGCGCUCAACCAGCAGCCCUCACCACAGCUUCUGUGCAGCCGAAGCGGAAGCCAGGGCCGCCAUGCGUGCCUCGGCGGCGGCGGCCAGCCGCACGCGCCGAGCCGCAAUGUCCUCUGCGCUGACCUUCCCUCCUUUCUUCCCACCAUCGGCCCUCCUUGCCUGGGUGGCAGGUCGGCCGCUUCGCGCCGGAGUGGCGGCCCUGCACAGGAAUCAGGCAAUGGGAUGGGAGUGGCGGAUGAAGAAUUCUGCCAGACCAUCCACUGUGACUCACGCCAAUCCCUGGGCAUCAUCCAGGCCUUGA